UUUCACUACUUGUGCUGUAAUACAUUUCGAUACUUAUCAUUUUAAUAUCCUCUUUAUUUAGGUCCCAAUAAAUCAAUAAAACCGCAUUCGAGCUCUAAACAAUGAUUUUUUAUUGAAACUUUAUUUCAAUUUCUUUUGAUUUUGACAGAUGUUUGUUACUUUUUCAUCGUUUUAAAAUCUGUUACAAAAUCAUCGCGUCAAAGAAGUUAUGGAAUGCCAUUUAAAAAACGAGACCACAGUGAAAACGAGAGACGUCGAAAAAACGAGACGACAUCGGUAAUUGGGGUGAGUAUAUUAUUAAAUAACAUUUAUUAAUUAAUUUUUUCUGCAUCAUAAACUUUUUUGAUGGGUUGCAGUGCUAUUUUUUUGACCGCAGGAGUAUGGUGUUGUCUUAUUUUGUUAUGUCUUUUGGUUUAAAAGUUAUUGUAUAAAAUGUGCAAAUUGUUACUUUCGUAACCACUCUCCCCUUUGCACUUUUGGAAAUAAAUGGUCAUUAUUGGUCUGCCACAUAGACUUUUUUGAAAUUUCUUAAAUAUUUUAAAUGACCUAUACAAUACAUGUGAAGAUGAAAAAAUAUAAAAAAAGUAAAGAACGAAAAGAGACAGCUAGCUAAUAUAAGAAGAUGCAGCCAGUUGCAGCAGAAAAAACAGAAGGGAAGCAGUUUAAGUUCAGCAGUGGCCGUAGUCGCGUCUUGAUAUUUGUCUCUCUAUAAUUUAAACCUUAAUCUGUAAUUUAAGAAUAUUCUUAAAUAAAUUUAGCUUAUCUGAAUUUGUAUAAAAGUGGAAGCGUCUUUGAGUGAAAAAACUUCUACAUACAUACAAUUGAACUUUUUUGCCAAACGCAAAUUCAGUGCUUAAAUGAUUUCUACAUACAAUUUCUACUCGAAAGUGCUUCAUAUGCAUACUAAUUUUUCAGUGUUUAAAUGAUACUGAUACAUACAAACCAAAGUCCAAAUAAAAUUUUCACGUAUUAAAAAUGAUUUCAGUGCAUAAGUUAUACGUACUAUACAAUCGGUUUAAUAUGCCUCAUAGGCAAGUUACGUCUGAGACGUCACCUACAACGGUAAUCCCGGUACCCUUUCCUACACCCUUUGUCAAUAGUUUAAUUCCCUUCACCUCUGAACACGCCCCUCUAAGCCAUAACGGUUUCCCACCAUUUUUGCUAACAUAGCAAAAUCUAUCCACAAGCGGAUACACCCCUUUUUCCCCUACAGCCAACUAACGAAAAAGAACAAUACUCAUAUUUCAUUUUAUUCAAAGUGAAAUAUGAAUAUUUUGUAAACAAGUUCAUUCUUUUCCCACGGGAAGCACUUUGCACUUCGGAAAACAUUAUGUGGAAUAGUUCACUAGGUGGGAUUAAUUAUUUUGUAAGUUUAGUUCUAAUCCAACAAGCUAACUGUAAAGUGCAGCCACGCUCAAGACAGCGACUUUACUUUUAGCAAAUAAAAUUGUAUAAUUAUUAUUAUCGAAAUAAAUAAAAUAGAAUGAAAUAAAAUAAAAAAAAGAAUAAAAAAAACAAAUAUUUUUUUUUUUUAAUUGUCAAUGUAAUGACAAGACAUAACUGGCGCAGUCGGUCUGUUCGAACAAGAACAAACAACACGACCAACGCGAUCGAUAAAGUGCGAUUAAGUGCAAAUUCGAUUGAAAAUCUCGAUAAUAAGUUCGAACAAGAACAAACAACGCGAUCGAUAAAGCGCGAUUAAGUACAAAUUCAAUGGAAAGUGCAUACAAAUACACAACCAAUUUUUUAAAUAGCGCGAAAAAGUGCAAAUCUUUAUCUAACAACAAUAAAAGUGCGUAAAAGUACAUUACUAUUUUUUUUAAUAGCGCGAAAAAGUGCCACACUUAUUAUUUUAUAAACAUACUACGAAAAAUCUGUUUGAGAGAGUGCAUCCUAAAACAAAAAAAAAUAAAAAUAAAAUUUAAUUAUAAAAAAUAAAAUUUGUAUGUUGUAAUAAAAAUAUACUUUAUGGACAUAGAACAACUAUCAAAUUUAUUCAGCGAUAUAAAAAUAUAAUCAACAAGACGAGCCCACCAACAACAAGAUCAGCAGAAGCGGCAAGAAAGUUAACAGUUUCAUAAUGCAUUUUGGAGUCUGGAUGAUAAGUCGAAAAUUUGUUUCUAUGCCCAAUUUACAAGGAAGGACCCUGUAAAACGAAAAUCAAAGAAAACUCCUUUAAAAGAACGCGAGUAUAGCUUUUAAUAUUUCUUUGCAUACUGUGUAGUGCAUAUGGCUGGAUGUAUUUGGAUACAUUUGUGCAUUGUAUUAGAAGGGCUAUGCAUAUUGCUGCCUGGUUCCGUUUUUCCUCAAUUUCCCACAGAAUUCGGAAUACAAAAUAUUUCUAUGUUUAAGUUAUAAUCAGCCUUAUUCAGCCUUAUUGUGAGUUUCACGUGAACAAGAUUCCGCCCGAAAAAUAUCCCUUUUUUCGAUUCGCCUAUUGUGAGUUUCGGGCGAACAAAAAUUCAUGUUCGAAAGAUUUCCCUUAUUGGGAGCACUCAAUUCGGGCGGAAUGAAACGUCAUUCACAACUAAAAUAAUUCAAUUAUUUUUUGGAGAUGAACAGGAAAACAACAAAUAAUGAUGAGCAAAUCAAUCAAUUCCAAACAAAGUGAUAUGCUGCUCAAUAAAAUGCAGGAAAACCCAGAAAUAGCACGCGGUUUUGUAAAAGAAAGCAAGGACAAAAUCAAUGCAUUUUGGAAGCGGAUCACUUUGGAACUCAACAGCGCAGGGCCUCCAAUCAAAACUGAGUUCGAAUGGAAAAAGGUUUGGAAUGACCAAAAACGCUACGUGCGAAAAAAGGCUGCUACUAACAAAAUGUAUGAGAGAGGCACAGGAGGUGGACCUAACAGAACCCAAAAAUUCUCUCCUGGCGAAGAGGCUAUUUUCCAACUCGUUGGAAUGAAGGAAGCAGUUGAGGGUGUUGGAACUUCGCAAUCUUUUGGAUUGAAACUACCCCAAAAAAGAAAACAAGGCGAUGAAGAAAAUCAAAGUCCAAUUCAGGAUUUGUUUGAAACAAUUGUUGGUUAUGAAGAUCAAAACCAACAAGGCUGUGAAGCUCCACCGUUACCGCUUUCGGAUACUCAGAUUGCACCUGAAAAUAGCAGCGACGAAGCAACCACUACUGCUUCGACCAGCCGGAAUGCCAGGAAACAAAAGGUUGGGAAAAUGAGUACCCUAGAAGUAGUCAUGGAGGAGCUUCAAACUCAAAAAGACCUUUGUGGAAAAUUAGGUGAAGCCAUAUCUGUUAUGAAAGAUCAUAACAAGAACAUGGAAAUUGGUGUAAAAAAGCUAUAUAGAUCAUUGGAUAGACUAAACGACAAUUGUGAGUUUCCUACGAAAAACAUUUCCCCCGAAACAUUUUUUUCCCCCGAAAUUUUAAAAGCUAUUGUGAGUUUCGCCCGAAUGAAAAUUUCACUUCGAAUCAGGAGUGACAGUUCGAAAAAAAACACGUUCACUAUGAUGGAAACGGAGAAUGAAAUGCAACGGGCAAGUUCUCUGUUAACUUAAAUAAUAUAAUUGAAUUUAGUGCAUCAGUUAUUUGUCGAAAAUACUUACAAUAUCAAUAAAAUUGUGGCUACGCUAGUAAUUCCACUCAUUGUGGCUACCAAUUCUUCAUUGGAUUAUCUAAAACAAAUAAUUUGCACACCUUUUUUUAGACAGCGGAUUUAUUGCGUUCAGAAAAUGAACAGGCCUUAUUGUGAGCUGGGACAAAUAUAUGUUUAUUUUAACAAUUGUUAAAUAAGAAUUUCAGGAUAGAAAAUUAAAUUGUUAUUUUUUUAAUAAAGAAAGGAUAAUUGUCAUUACUAUUUUGUAAGUAUGCAUAGCAUAGCUAUGUGCAUCUUAUCUGAGGAAGACCAAAUAAUUGAGGAGCGAGCACUUCGAAGGAAUUUGAGGGAUCACUCUAAUCUUUUAGAGAUGCGUGAGUCCUUGUAUGAAUGAAAAUUCUUUUAAUGUAUGCGAAAAGGAAUUAGUCUUUUUUUAUUUCCAGAUUUCAUCAUUACUACAGGCUUAACAAACCAGCAUUUAAGUAUUUGUUGGAUGUGCUUAGCAGCUCCUUACACUCCGCGAAACAAAAAUUUGCUAUACCACCAAUUGUGAAACUCGCUGCAUGUUUACGUUUCUUUGCAGAGGGUGGGUACCAAAAAGGAGUUGGCAAGGACCACGAUGUUGGUUUGGCACAAUUCUCUUUUAGCCUGGUGCUCGCUCAAGUCCUGGAGGAUUUUAAACAAACACUUUGAGUGCAGUGGAUAAAAUGGCCAACGCAAGAGGAACAACGAAAAACCGCUCAAGAUUUUUAUACCAAGCACAGGCUACCCGGUGUUAUAGGCUGUAUUGAUGGGACGAAUGUGAACAUCAUAUCUCCUUCAGCAAACAAACAUCUAUUCUACAACAGAAAGGGAAAUUGUAGUUUGAAUGUUUUACUUUGAUCUCAGAGCAAAAAUGGAGCAGGAAUAUUUACAAACCCGUAGUAAUGUUUGGCUGUUGGGAGAUGCUGGUUAUCCCUUGGAACCGUGGCUUUUAACUCCUUAUAGAACGCCGAAUAGUGGUUCAAAUGGAGAAAAAUAUAAUGAACUUCACUCACGGUGUCGUAACAUAAUUGAAAGGUGUUCUUAAAAACAGGUGGAGAUGUUUACUGAGUGCGAGAGAACUGUACUACGCUCCUACAAAGGCUGUCAAAAUUAUUAAUGUUUGUGCAGCACUGCACAACAUAUGCAUUUACUAUAAAAGUGACUUAGCCUGUUUAAACUCUAUGUCUGAUGGUCAAAGCUUUAUGGUUGACUCAUUCGAAAACGUGCAAUCCGAUAGAUUGAACUUAAGCUAUCUGACAAUAAACCAGCUCAUUCGCACAGGCAUCGCAUUCGCACAGACUUACAUUUUCCGCCUUAUUGUGCUCUCGUUCGCCUCAUAAAAAUAAGUGAAAAUUAUCACUGUUAACUGCAUAUCAUUCCGCCCGAAAUGAUCGUUCACAAUAAGGGGAAUUUUUCGAACAUGAAUAAUUUUUCGGGUGAAACUCACAAUAGGCGAAAAGUGAAAAGAAAAGACAGCACUAGCAUGCCACACCAUCGAAACAGGACACCAACCAGACUUUGAAGGAGUCCCAAUUCUUGCAACGGAGAAACAUACAUCCAAACGCUAUACAUUAGAAACACUUCACAUAAUAAAGAACAAAAAUAAUAUGAACCGCAAACAAGACACUCAAAACAUAUCCGAGGUUUACUGUUCCUUAGUUUCAGACACAAACAAUUCAACAGUUUACAUUUAACAGUGACAAGUCUUCAAAGUCGGAAGCGCUUUAAGUUUUAUUUGUUUUAAUUGUUUAAAUUGUUUUUUGUUUUAAUGUUUUUGUAAUAUUUAAAUCAAUGUAAGUCAUACUUGUACGCUUUACAUAAUAUUCGUAUGUAUUAAAUAAACAUUUUUAUCAUUUAUGUGAAUAAAGACGUCCCCUGAAGAAGACGGCAAUCACCGUCGAAACGUUGGGAAAAAUCAGAUGAAAACUGUUUUCAUUUAAUCAUCAAAAAGAUCAACAAAGCCGAUGAGAAUCACCACUUAAUUGUUCUCAAAUCAAACGAAAAGUGAAAAGUCAAAUUUUCCGGGUGGAAUGUUGUUCGGGCGAAACUCACAAUAAGGCUGAUAUCCUUUUGCUUGAGGAAAAAAAAGAAGAAGAGGCAACACUGCGUCGAACUGUUCGGAGGCAGUUAAGAGAUCACUCCAACCCGUUGGAGUUACCUGAACCAUUGUAAGAAUGGAAUUACAUUUUCAGCUUUAUUUAAUCUCUUUACGUACUUGCUAGAGGUCUUAACUGAUGCAUUGCCCUUAAAUGUACAAUCCUUUGGAAUACAACGCAUUGUUAAACUUGCCGCUUGUUUUCGGUUUUUUUCAGAGAGUGGAUGCCAAAAAGGUGUCGGUAAUGAUUACAAAGUUGGGCUAGCACAAUCCUCUGUGAGUGCCGUACUUUUAUAUUUUUCUGAAUAUAUUUGAAGAAGAACUUUGUUCACGCUGGAUUACUUGGCCAACAAUGGAUGAGCAACGACAAACAAGCCAAUUUUUGUUUCUAAUUACAAGCUGCCGGGCGUUGUUGGAUGCAUCAAUGGUAACCAUGUGAAUAUAAUUUCACCUGAAGUAAAUAAACAUUUAUUUUAUAACCGCAAAAGAAGAUGCAGUUUAAAUGUUUUGCUGGUAUGUGACCAUCAACUUAGAAUAAGAUUUAUAGAUGCUACGCAUCCCGGGUCUUGUCACGAUUCCUUUAUAUGGAACGUAAGAGACUUAAGAUCCAAAAUGAAAAAUGAUUACAUACAAAAUAAUAUUAUAAGACGCAUGGCUGUUAGGUUGUUAUCCAAACGUAAACCAUUACUUCCUUCCUUUCUAGGAUGGUUUUCGAGAAAAGCUGAAGUUAUAGCUGAACGAGAGCAGAGUUACAAGUUGUAGCAGUAGUAGUAGUUGUUGUAAGAACGAACAUAAAAAAAGAAAUAAUUAAAAACUCAAAUUAAAGUUCAGUUGUUGACUGGCUUCCAAUCGAGAAGGUUGUGUUAUUAAUUCGUUGCGACGGGAAAAAUAGCCAAGGAAAAUUGUACUGGAUACAAUCCAAGUACAGUCGACUCCCUCUAAGUCGAACUCCCUCUUACUCGAAUUGUUUCCCCUCAAUUUUCCAUACAAAAACCAUCCUCUAAGUCGGAAUUCCCUAAAUUUACUUGUUUCAAAGCAAGCGAUGCCGAUGGUUGGCUGAACAGAAUUAAAAGCAGACAUAGUAUCCUUGGGAAAGUUUUGUCUGGUGAAAGUGCUUCUGUUGAUAAGACUAAGUUCGAUGAAUGGAAACAGCAAAUCCCAGAGGUUGCCAGAGGAUUCAAACCGGAUAACAUUUUUACUGUUGAUGGAACCGGAUUGUUUUUCAAAUGUUUACCGACACGUACCUUGACUUUUAAAGGAGAAAAAUGUUUUAGAGGAAAAACACAGUAAAGAAAGAGUGACCUGGAGUGGAAUCGGCUAAUGUAAUGAGUGAUUAUCACAUUUGUGAUCAACAAAUGUGAUCACAUUAAAUUUUCUUUCUGGGUAAUGUGAUCAUCAAAAAUUAUUUGAAAUUUGGCAUCACUUUAGAAGAAUAGCUUGACGUUUGUCAUUUGACUUUCUUCUUCUUACCAAUUUUUACCGCGAAGUUUAUUUUCCAGUGAUUUUUCAAACUAAUUUAUUGAGUUGGUUGAAAAUAAAGUGUUAAAAAUGUCACAAGUGCUAGCGAACAAAUCGCAAAUAGAUUUGCUAACAAGCUUUAUGGAAGCGCACCCGGAUCUGGCUAAAUCCUUUUCCCAAAAAGGAAGCAACUCCCGGAAUGCCCAUAGAAUUUUGUGGGAAAAACUAAAGCAGCAACUAAACGCAAAUGGACCACCGUCAAAAAGUUGUGCGGAGUGGAAAAGAUUUUGGACAGUCCGGAAAUACAACGCCAAACAAAAAUUAAUUAAAAACAAAAAAUCAAUAACAAAAACUGGGGGAGGACCGUUUACUGAACAUACAUUAGAUGCGAACGAAGAGGUAAUAGUUGGGGUAUGCGGAAGCAGUUGUAAAUGUUAUAAGCGGAUCGAAUUCCAGUUGGUAAAUCCAAGAUCCGAAGAAUAUAGGAAAAGGUCUCUUUUGUUACCCGGAAAUGUUUCAGAAAACUAUAAAAUAAUUGAAUUGACUACAACUUAAAAAAAAUGCGAUAAGAAAAAAUGGCUUACUUUGCAUUUGGCAGCUCAAAUAUAUUCAAUUUGCUUCGCAGGUUAAGAUUUAUCAAACGAACUUUUCUGCGGUAAUUAUUCUCACUUUCAUCAUUUUCAUUUCUUAAAAAUAAGUGCACAGGGACAAACACGUUCAUUUUUUACGAAAAUAGAAUAAACAAUAAGAAAUCGAUUUAUAUCGUGUCCAUUAUACCUAGAUGUGACAACAAAAUAGCUGUCACAAGAAAAAGUCACAAAUAUGUGACUAUCACAUGUGAUUAUCACCUUACGCAGACGGAAUUUUUAUUUUAUGACUAUCAACUAUCACAAAUCACAUUAGCCGAUCCCACCCCUGCAUUGUGGGAUCCAACAUGACUGGAUCGGAAAAGGUUAAGCUUUUAAUAAUAGGAAAGAGAAAAAAUUCUCACUGUUUUAAUAAAAUUAAAUCUUUGCCGGUUGAUUAUGUAGCCAA